AUGGCUAGCAUCUCAACAUCAGCGCUGAGGCAGGCAGGCCGCCUCUGCCGUACUACAGCCGCCUCUCCCCUUAGGAGGCUACCCAGCACGCCGAGGAUCAUUGCGGGACCCAUCCAGCAGUUCACGCAGCGACGGAACGUUUCCGAGACGAGGCAGGACCACGCACAGGUCAAUGUCGAUACCGCUAUCAAGCUGGACAAGAAGGAUUUCAUCGACCAGUCUCCUGAUGGCUCCAACGUUGUGGUGAGCCCAAUGGCCGAAGUGCUCAAGCAGGUCACGACCAUGGAGGAAGGUCAGAGGCCCAUCUACCUCGACAUGCAAGCGACUACGCCCGUUGAUCCGCGAGUGCUUGACGCCAUGCUUCCUUUCUACACCGGCAUAUACGGCAACCCCCAUUCCAAGACGCACGCUUACGGAUGGGAGAGCGAGUCCGCUGUCGAGGAAGCUCGCGAGCAUAUUGCGAAGCUCAUUGGUGCCGACUCCAAGGAAAUCAUCUUCACGAGUGGUGCCACCGAGAGCAAUAACAUGAGCAUCAAAGGUGUUGCGCGAUUCUUCGGGAGGUCCGGCAAGAAGAAGCACAUCAUCACUACCCAGACCGAACACAAGUGCGUGCUCGACAGCUGUCGGCAUCUCCAGGACGAAGGUUUCGAGAUCACCUACCUGCCCGUAAACAACUCCGGCCUUAUCGAUUUGGCUCAGCUCGAGGCCGCUAUCAAGCCUGAGACUGCCCUUGUGAGCAUCAUGACCGUGAACAACGAGAUUGGUGUGAUCCAGCCCAUGGAGGAAAUUGGCAAGCUGUGCCGCAAGAACAAGGUCUUUUUCCACACGGAUGCCGCACAGGCCGUUGGGAAGAUGCCUCUUGACGUGAACGCGAUGAACAUCGAUCUCAUGUCGAUCUCGUCCCACAAGAUCUAUGGCCCCAAGGGAAUUGGUGCCUGCUAUGUUAGGCGACGCCCUCGUGUCAGAUUGGAUCCCAUCAUUACCGGAGGUGGUCAAGAACGUGGCCUACGCAGCGGCACGCUCGCACCUCCGCUGAUCGUCGGCUUUGGUGAGGCGUGCCGCAUCGCGUACGAGGAGAUGGAGGUACGUGUCACAUUUCUCUCUCUCUUGCCGAUCUUCGCGACAAUUGUUGUGACACAGCACUCCUACGAUUCGAAGCGCAUCAAGGCACUGUCCGAUCGGCUUCUCGGCGGUCUCCUCUCUAUGGAGCACACGAACCAGAACGGCGACCCGAACCAUUUCUAUCCCGGCUGUGUCAACGUGUCUUUCGCCUACGUCGAGGGCGAGUCGCUGCUCAUGGCGCUGAAGGAUAUUGCUCUGUCGUCCGGCAGUGCUUGCACCUCGGCUUCUCUGGAGCCUAGCUACGUUUUGCGAGCCCUGGGUAACAGCGAUGAGAGCGCGCACAGCAGUAUCCGAUUCGGCAUUGGCCGCUUCACCACCGAAGCGGAGAUUGACUACGUUCUGAAGGCCGUCCAGGAGCGUGUUGAUUUCCUCCGUGAGCUGAGUCCCCUGUGGGAGCUUGUCCAGGACGGUGUCGACCUCAGCACGAUCCAAUGGAGCCAGCACUAA